AUGUUAAGGAGAAGCUAUGAUGUUGACCGUGAUUUGCAGCUUGCCCGGAAGCUGGGACUGGAUAAUCUCUUUAGAUGCACGUACGUUCUUCCUGAUGGAGUCAGACAUACAAAGGGCUUUGUCAAAGAUCCAGAAGCAGCACAUCGAUACCUCAAUUUGACAGAUGAGUCUCAUCUUACAUCAGGCGGAACGAUUAUUGGUGUUGAGAAGCCAGAAUCUGCAGAAGACCGAAAGAGCAUUGACUUGACCAUAAACGAGUUCGACCUGACAAAUGAGCGAUUCCUUGUCCCAGAGAUGAUAUCUCGACCUGCAUAUUUGUACAUUGAAGUGCAAUUUUGUGAACCUUCUUUUUCAGGAAUGAAUCAGGCUGGACUGGCAGAGUGCAUCGUUCGAGCUAUCAAUUCAUGCCAUCCACAUCUUCAUCACGUUCUUUAUGAAAGCAUCUUAUUGACAGGUGGAAGCACACUUUUUCCUCGAUUUGCUGAGAGACUAGAAAGAGAACUCCGGCCUCUUGUCCCUGAUAACUACCAAGUGAAGAUAACCACUCAACAAGAUCCUAUACUAGGUGUGUGGCGAGGAGGAUCACUAUUGGCAUCCAGCCCCGAUUUUAAAGCAACAUGCGUCACAAAAGCCGAGCAUGAAGAGCUGGGAUCUGCUCGAUGCGGUCAGAGAUUCCUUCGUUGAGAUGAAAUUGAACGUUUCGGCAUGCUUAAUU